GGCACGACUAUCUACUGCCGCGCCGCGGCGCGGCGCGGUAUGGUUUAAGAUAUAUGCAGUUUCUAUCUUCUCUGCGGGCACGGUUUGACAGCGCGAUCCACUAUCUACCGUGGAUAAAAUUAUAACUCGUCGCAUAAAAAAAUGUUGCUAUCUGAAAUAAAAGUGUUGUUUUUUCAUUUGUUAACACUAUACCCCCAAUAGUGCUGUUCUAAAUCAUUCGUUCAUUUCGUAAUCUUUUUUCUUUUUUUGGUUUAUAAAUGCGAUUUUUGACGUACUCACAAGAUUAGAAAAGGAUAGCGCUAUACAAGUUUUUACUGUUUUAUUAUGAGUCUUGUGAUUGUUUCAAUGACAAAAAAACGCGAACAAAAAAAAAAACGCGAACAUAAAAAAUACAAACGAACUAAUUAAAGUCCUCAACUUCUUUUGAACUUUGUGAAGUAAAAGUUUUCGUGAUCUUUUUGGAAAUGAACCCGCAGUUAGGGAAAAAGAAGUAAGUAUCAAAUCCGAAUUGUUCUAUUUGGUUUACGAAGAAUCUUGUUUAAUCAUCAUAACUUGUUUCAGAAUAAGGAGUACUCUAACUCAACAAAAAAUGUUAGUUGAUUACAUGAGUACACACCCCAGUUUUGCCAACGGGGAGUUCACUGGCCCCUUGGGCAGCCAGCAGUAUCUACAGCAGUGGGAAACGCUGCGGAUGCUGCUGAGGGAACAUGGGCCUGACAAAUCCAUAGAACAAUGGCGACAUACUUGGCGGGAUUUAAAAAAAAAAGCAAGGGGCGAAGGAGCGAGCCUACGUAAGGCUUUGACCGCCACAGGCAAUUUAAUUCCUGUGCCAAGCCUCUCCGAGACAACAAAUAAAAUUUUAGGUGUCAUUGGCACAGAGAUGGCUUUUGGUAUAGGUGGCGACUCACAGGAGACAGGUAUUGGGGAGCUGCCAUCUCAUAAAACUGUGGAGUCGUCAAUGGGUCAGUCACAGGAAUUGAAUAAUGAAAUAGAGAUUGAAAUCAUCGAAAACCAGGGGCAGGCUCUGGGAUAUGCCGUCCCUUCCAUAGUGCGUCAAAUAGAGAUGCCAGUCUUCAAUGAAGAACAGAGGCGGGUUCGGGCACAAAGUCCCACCAACCCCACGUCGACAUCCACACAGAGCCAAAUACAGAUGCCAGUUUUUAAUUUAGAACACAGGCAGGCCCCGGGACAAAGUCCUAUGUUACCCGCUUACACGUCGACCUUCACACGGAGCCAGAAUACUGCUCAUAGAGACGUGCACCCUACCACUUCCACAUCACAGCAGCGGCGUAUUGGGCUAGGAGAUCGGGCCGUCGAGUUUCUUGCGGCAGAGCAAGCAACGACAAAUGUUUUAAAAGAUAUAGUCAACACCAUACAGACACAGAACCAAUUAUUGAAGGAGAGAAAUAAUAAUUUGGUUCUGCAAAACAGAUUAAAAAACAGGGAGCGGUAAGUAAAAAA